GUGAGGGGCGGGGCCGCCCGCUCGGCCCCGCCCCCCCUCCGAGGGUGACGCCGCCAGGGGGCGGGCCCUGGGCGCGGCGGCCCGACUGUCUCGGCGGCGGCGGAGCGAGCGAGGCGCGGCGCCACCAUGGGGGCCCAGCUGAGCACGUUGGGCCACGUGGUCCUCUCCCCAGUCUGGUUCCUCUACAACCUGCUCAUGAAGCUGUUCCAUCGCUCCACCCCGGCCAUCACCCUUGAGAGCCCGGACAUCAAGUACCCACUGAGGCUCAUCGACAAGGAGGUUAUCAACCAUGACACCCGGCGGUUCCGCUUCGCCCUGCCGUCGCCCCAGCACGUCCUGGGCCUCCCCGUCGGCCAGCACAUCUACCUCUCGGCUCGAAUCGAUGGCAACCUGGUCAUCCGGCCCUACACUCCCGUCUCCAGCGAUGACGACAAGGGUUUUGUGGACCUGGUCAUCAAGGUUUACUUCAAAGACACCCAUCCCAAGUUUCCUGCUGGGGGCAAGAUGUCCCAGUACCUGGAAAGCAUGAAGAUUGGGGACACCAUUGAGUUCCGGGGCCCGAACGGGCUGCUGGUCUACCAGGGCAAAGGAAAGUUUGCCAUCCGUCCAGACAAGAAAUCCAGCCCCGUCAUCAAGACGGCGAAGUCUGUCGGCAUGAUUGCAGGAGGCACCGGCAUCACUCCGAUGCUACAAGUGAUCCGCGCCAUCAUGAAAGACCCAGAUGACCACACCGUGUGCCACCUGCUCUUUGCCAACCAGACUGAGAAGGACAUCCUGCUGCGGCCCGAGCUGGAGGAACUGAGGAACGAACACUCUGCUCGCUUCAAGCUCUGGUACACGGUGGACAAAGCCCCCGAAGCGUGGGACUACAGCCAGGGCUUCGUAAAUGAAGAAAUGAUCCGGGACCACCUUCCGCCCCCGGAGGAGGAGCCGCUGAUACUGAUGUGCGGCCCCCCGCCCAUGAUCCAGUAUGCCUGCCUGCCUAACCUGGACCGCGUGGGCCACCCCAAGGAGCGCUGCUUCGCCUUCUGACGGCCAGGCCCUGGCUGCUCGCACGCCUGCCCCGCACACUCACCGUGCCCCGUCCACACCCGCCCUCCCCGCCGUUGCUGUUUAACCUGCCACAUCUCCCGCUGCGGCCCUGGGUGCAGCCCGCCCUGCCUGAGCUGCGGUGGUGACCCCGCUGGGCUGGUUCCCCCGAGGGACCCCUUUGGGAGCAGGGUUCUGUUACAGGCAGGCCACCUCCAGCCACCAUCUGGCCCUCUUCAGUUCUUAACCGUGAUGCUCAGCCCUGGCCCCGCCCUGCCUCCACCCCACCCACCCACACACUACUAGGCCAAGGCUUCCAGCACUGCGAUCCACCCACCCCUCCCAGAGCAGACCGCAGUCUGGAAGCAAACACAGGUGGUACGGGCAGCCCAGAGCUGCAGGUGCCAGGGACCCCCCCCCCCCCCCCCCCCCCCAGCCACCGGCUCGGGACCCUCACCUGCCACGCCUCACUACCUGCUCUGGGUCACAGCCACCUGACACUACAUAACAGGUAAUGCCAAAAAGUGCUCUCGGCAGGGACUGUGGGGAUGAGAGUCUGCCCCCGCUCCAGCGCCCAGGCAGGCCCCGCCGGCAGGGAGCUGGGCUCUCCCGGGGCUGGAGCAGGAGGAGGAGACUGGCCCACCGGCCCAGGGCUCCUCCCGGGGACACGCGGGCCCUCCGGAAGCCUCGGCAUUUUCUGCAACACACCUUAACGUUCGGGCAGCUUUGGGAGUUCCAAGCUGUCGGCCCAGCAGUCUCAUGGGCUGUCUCUGGGCCCUGGGCCCCCAGCCCUGAUGGCAGAGCUGAGACGAUGUUUAUUUAUUCCUCUGCCCCAAACCCGCCCGUCCUGCUGCCUGCGCCCCAGCAUAGGGGAGUUUGUCUGAGCAGCGUUCUCAGUGACCUCAGUGUUGCCUUUAGACGAGGGUGGGUGAGCCUCUUGCAUAUCUGCUUUUCCAGAAUCAUUUAUGAGCAGAAAAGACGUUGAAAUAAAACUUUGCUAAUACUAA